AUGGCUUCCGUUACUAGCUUGCCACAUGUAGUCAAAGUGCAGGAUGUCCAAGAGACUCUUGACACCAAGAUUGUAGUAGAAACGAACAAUAAAGAAAUUUCUCUCGUCACAAAUGAGUCUGAGCUUAACAUAACACUGACAAAAGAAAGUCAAGAGUUUGUGACGUCAAAUUCUUCCGAGAAUGUUGUGCUUCCCUCGGACCGAGACGACAAUUCUCUUCAAUUGGAAGAAGCAGUGGAUUUUAAUAAUGAGGCCUCAUCAAAUGUCGAGUUGUUCGCCACAGAAUCUAAUGAAAUGGAUACAGCCAAACUUAUUGAACCCGAAGAGACCUCAAUCGAAUCAAAUGUAGUUCCUACUGAGUCGAGUAAUCCUAAGGGAGAUUUGUUGCAUCGAAGACCUUUCGCACCAACUCAAUUGAAUUUGGAGUUUAAAAAAAAAGAUUCUGACACGUCAUCAAACGAUGUCAAUCCAACUAAAAGCCUUCCAUCACGCAUAGUAAAUCAAACAACAUCAACUCAACCGUUAAUAUCACCCAAAAUCAUUGAAUUGCGUCGCUCUGAAUCAUUCCAUCCCACUGCUAAUCAAAAGGCCGAUGAUUCUUCCGCAGCCGCCGUUAAUGUCCGAAAAAUCGAUCCCACAUCAACAUUAACUCCUAAAAGUAGGCGUUGGGCUUUAGCCCGAGGUGUUAUUAAAUCUGCGUCAAUACUCGGUGCUAUACCAAAAUUAGAGCAGGUCGAUAGAGAAUUGUUGGCGAGAUUGGAACAUGAAAAUUCACAAUUGCCGCCCCAGAAUUCAGCAGAAUUUUUAUUAGCUCGACUUGAGAAGCAAAAUGAAUUGUUGGAUAAUGAUCCGAAAUCGGUUUGCAUACAAUCUAAUGUAUUAAAAGCAAAUCUCGAUACAGUUCAAUCCUUGAUUGAUGACAUCACGAGUCCAACUACUGAUGGAUUUAAUAUCGAGAAUCUUAAUGAAGAAGACGAUAAUACUCCUACGACUGAUUGGGAAUUUUGGACUGCAUUGAUCCAAGAUUAUACGGGAGUAGCGGCAAGACUUCCACAUUUACUCGCGGCAAAAAUACAACAAGGAGUACCGGCUACUCUAAGAGGUUUGAUUUGGCAAUCAAUGUGUCAAGCCUCAUCUACCUAUUUGGAAACUAUGUAUUCACAAUUAUUAGUAGAAUCUUCGCCUUAUGAUAGAAUUAUUCAACGGGAUCUUGCAAGAACUUUUCCUCAUAUAGAAAUGUUUAAAGAAGAAGGUGGCCAAGGCCAAACUAUGCUUUGGAAUGUAUUAAAAGCUUAUAGUUUAUAUGAUCCUUUAGUGGGUUAUUGUCAAGGAUUAGGAUUCUUAGUGGGUCCAUUGUUGAUGAAUAUGAAUGAAGCUCAAGCAUUCUCUGUUUUUGUUCGUUUAAUGGAAACAUAUGACAUGCGAUCCAUGUUUACUCUCAAUAUGGAAGGACUUCAAUUGCGCCUCUACCAAUUCUCAAGUCUUCUUUCCCAAAUCCUUCCAAAACUGCACUCUCAUUUCCAGCUUCAUGCUGUUCACGCGGCAAUGUUUGCAUCUCAAUGGUUUCUGUCACUUUUCGCAUACACAUAUCCACUACCUCUAGUACUGCGAAUUUAUGAUGUAGUAUUUGCGGAAGGCGCACCAGAAACUAUUAUGCGCGUUGCGAUCGCAUUAUUGCAAAAGAAUGAAGAAAGAUUGUUGGAGAUGGGAGAGUUUGAGGAUUUGUUGGAUUUUCUUACCACUCGGCUCUAUGAAUCUUACGAUAACAAACCGACUGGUUUGAUCAAAGAUGCAAUGGGAUUGAGUUCGGUAAUUACCAAGGUUAAAUUGGAUGAAUUGUCGGGUAGUUAUCUUAAGGAAUUGGAGGAACAAAAGAAACGUGCCGAAGAAUUGGUCGCAGUGCUUCCAUCAACUUCUACUACCGCUAAUCCUGCGACUCCUGCCAGUAAUACUGCAUUGCCAUCUCCACCGUUAUCAGCCACUAGUAGUGCAAUGCUUCAUCAACAGAUUGAGGAUUUGGUUACUGCAUUAUCGGAAUUACAGAAAGAACACGCGGAUAUCACUGAACAAUUGGUGAAUAUUAAAAUGGAAAAAAUGGAUUUAGUGACUGAAGUGGAAACUUUAAGAAGCCGAGUUCGAGAUUUAGAAAAAGAAAAGAAAAGAAUGUCUGUUGCGUCAUCUAUUGACUCGGCCAUCGCAUCUAAUGAUGGAACAUCGCCAUCAAGAAGAGGAUCUGUAUCGUCUUCAUUGGUUACUUUAUCACUUCAGUCAGAAGACACUGAUACUACUCCACGUCAAUCAACUGAAGUUCAUACGAAAAGAGCAACAAUUACAUCACCAACAACACGUAAUGUUGAUUCCGUUGAUUUUUCAAAACUUCGCAGAGUUUCCGCACCUUCUUUCGCGAAUGAUUCUCGUAUUUUCACCACAAGAUCCUCGUCAUCGUCUACUUCCAAUUCCACUUCUGAUACUUCCCCAACCACGGAGAUGUCUGAAUUUGAUGCCAUCGAUCUGUCAUCAGAUAAUCAAAAACUUGAAAUUUCAAAUAAUGAGAGUGCAAUCACCGACGAAUUAAUUCAAGUUAAAGUGGAGAAGUUUGAGUUGAUGCAGGAAAAUGACGAUUUACAAAAACGCAUUGAAGAAUUACAAUUAUCAUUACACGAAUCAUUGGAUAGUCAAGAAACACUACAAGAAAAGAAUAUCUUCUUACGUCAAGAAAUUGCAAGACUCGAUGAAGAAGCAACCACAGCGGUAUAUCAACAACACACGAUGGAAAAAGAUGUUAAAGCAUAUAAAGAAUUGAAAGUGGAAAAUGUCAAAAUACAUAAAGAGAAUGAAAAUCUUAAAACACAAGUCGAGGCAUUAGAAGAAAAAGUUAAACUACUGCAAGAUAUUAGUGCAGGAAAUUUCGCAGAUCGCUCUUAUAGACGCGUAUCUUUCAUGGGUCUCUUUGGAGGAGCUGCUGCUGCUGUCACUCCUUCCAGUUCACCAAAACCAGGCUUUGUAGGAGCAAGUGGCGAGUCAAAUAGAAACUCAUUGAUUGACAGUCCAACAAGUGAUAGUGAUUACGCGUUUGUGUGUAGAGGUGAUUGUGAAAUGGCUAAAAAAGUAGAAGAAAUGGAACUAACUAUUAAUGAAUUUAAAUUACGCUUGACUGAGAGUGAAGAAGCUCGAGAAUCAAUGAGUUCACAAUUGGAUGGUUUGAGACUGUUGAUUAACGGAUUCAGUGAAGAUACUCCUGAGACACUUCUUCCAAUCCCGCCAAAAUCACCAUUACUGACUCCGAUAAGUUCACGAGAUAGUCAAAGAUUACAAGAAAAACGAGGCUCAAGAAGCUCAAUUGUUGCAUUUUUCAGUAGUGGAUGA